UAGCUAGUAAGUAGGUAAAUCGUCUCCUCCAGUACUUGUCCUGUUGAUCCUGUUAAGUAGCUCUCCGACACCACAAAUAAGCUACUCGCUUUCCACCAGAUUUCAUUCUCGGCAUGUUCUCGGCAUCAGAAGCUGCGCUUUGCUCGGAAGGCCCCUAUGACUUUCCGAUCAUGGGGGGCGAAGUGAAUAGAGAGAUCUGAAGUGCGCUGCGCAUUGCAUCAUGAUUCUUACAAAUGGUGGGUGAAUCAUAUAUCUUCAAGAACACCCCGAAAUCACUGUCCUUCCGAACAUUCAUCAUAUCAUUAUCAUGUUGUUUACAUCGCUUGUUCUUCUCACUCUUCUCCCUGCUGUUUUCGGGCAGUCUUGGCAGCAAUACCUUAAUGGCCUUGUCCAGGCCUUAAACACUUAUGGGCUUACAACGUUGGCGUCUGCGAGUGCUGCAUUAAACAGCUCAUCUAUUGGGCAGCAGGUGGCGCAGUCACUCUCUACAGGUAACUGGACAUUGUUUGCACCCAGCAAUCAGGCAUUCAGUUCCGCUCCUAUCAAUCUCACAAGUGACCCAACAUCUGUUCUGAAUCUCCUUUCAUACCAUAUCGUCCACGGCAAUUUUACCGAACAAACCUCGCCAUAUCCCAACAUCACUCUUGGGCGAACACUGCUUAACGAUUCCUCACUUGUCCAGCUGGAGGGUAAUAAAUCGCAGGUUUUAGCGUGGUCAAACGGAAGUGACGGCAUAUUUGUGCUCAACAAUGGUACAACGGUUUCGGUCGUGAACAAGACGGUCUAUCAAAACCUCCAAGUCCUUGUCAUCGACUCCGUCCUUAAGAUCCCUCAAAACUUGUCUGAUACUCUCUCUAAUAGUACUUACGACGUCACCACCCUUGCUGGUGCGCUUUCAUCCAUCAAUGUCCCUACCAAUGAUUCGACCACACUGCUCAAUGUGCUCAACAAUGCUAGCGGUAUUACACUUUUUGCACCCAAUAAUUCUGCUAUUGCGACAGCAAGCUGUAUUGGCGGUCUGCUGCCAAAUACUACUGCACUGAUCGCUCUUUUCGGAAAUCACGUUAUCAACGGCACGACUGUUUACUCGCCAGCGUUUACAAACGGAAAUAAUUAUACUUCGGCCUCUGGAGAACCCUUCGUCUUCAAGACCAACUCCUCUGGAGUGUACGUGUCUAGUGCUGGCUCUAAUUGGGCGCACAUCAUGCGAUCAGACGUUUUGACGUCCAAUGGAGUUGUCCAUGUCAUUGAUAGUGUUCUUCUCGAUAAGAAAGUCAACACUUCGGCUGCAAACUCUACCUACCAAUCGGCUACUUCAGUUGCCGCCUCAAUGACCAUUGAGACCGGCCCAGUGGGCGUUGCGCCUACUACUUCUACUGGCCAUUGA